AUGCACGAAGAAGAUGAAGAUGUUCGAAUAAGUGCUUGUCGGGCACUGGGAAAGAUGGGUGACAAAGCAGCGACAACUAAGGUCAUUCAUAUUCUAAUCAAUGCAAUGGAUGAUGACUACGCGAGUGUUCGAUGGAGUGCUUGUGAUGCAUUGGGAAAUAUGGGUGACAAAGCAGCGACAACUGAGGUCAUUGGUGCUCUAAUCAAUGCAAUGCGUGAUGACAACGAGAGUGUUCAAUGGAGUGCUUGUGAUGCAUUGGGAAAGAUGGGGGAAAAAGCAACGACAACUGAGGUCAUUGGUGCUCUAAUCAAUGCAAUGCGUGAUGACGACGCGAGUGUUCAAUGGAGUGCUUGUGAUGCAUUGGCAAAUAUGGGGGAAAAAGCAGCGACACCUGAGGUCAUCGGUGCUCUACUCGAUGCAAUGCGCAAAAACGAUGAACAUGUUCGAAGAAAUGCUUGUCGGACAUUGGAAAAGAUAGGCAAAAAAGCAGCGCCCAAUAAGGUCAUUCUUGCUUUAAUGAAUGCUAUGCGCGAUGAAGACUCGAGUGUUCGACAGAGUGCGAGUCAUGCAUUGGCAGAAAUGGGCAAAAGAGCAGCGACAAAUGAGGUUAUAGGCGCUCUAAUCAAUGCAAUGCGUAAUGAAGAUGGAUAUGUUCCAGAAGAUGCUUUUGAUGCAUUGGAAAAUAUGGGUGAAAAAGCAGCGACAAAUGAGGUCAUUGGCGCUCUAAUCAAUGCCAUGCGCGGUAGAGAUCUCAUUCUUCGAAACCGUGCGUCUAAAGCAUUGGAGAACAUAUGUGAAAAAGCAGCGACAAAUGAGGUCAUUGAUGCUCUAAUCAAUGCAAUGCGCGAUAAAGAUGCAUAUGUUCAACACUGCGCUUAUAAUGCAUUGGCAAAGAUGGGCGAAAGAGCAGCGACAAGUGAGGUCAUUGAUGCUCUAAUCAGUGCAAUGCGUGAUGAAGAUGUUUAUUUUCCAGAAAGUGCUUGUCAUGCAUUGGGAAUGAUGGGUGACAAAGCAGCGACAAAUGAGGUCAUUGAUGCUCUCAUCAAUGCAAUACGUGAUAAAAACUCGAGUGUUCGAAGAAGUGCGUGUUAUGCAUUGGGAAAGAUGGGUGACAAAGCAGCGACAACUGAGGUCAUUGGUGCUCUAAUCAAUGCAAUGCGUGAUGACAACGCAAGUGUUCAAUGGAGUGCUUGUGAUGCAUUGGGAAAGAUGGGUGAAAAAGCAGCGACAACUGAGGUCAUCGGUGCUCUACUUAAUGCAAUGCGUGAUAAAAACUGGAGUGAUCAAAGUGCUUGUGAUGCAUUGGGAAAGAUGGGUGAAAAAGCAGCGACAAAUGAGGUCAUUCGUGCUCUAAUCAAUGCAAUGAGUGAUGAAAACUGGCAAGUUCAACGGAGUGCUUGUGAUGCAUUGGGAAAGAUGGGCGAAAAAGUAGCGACAAAUAAUAUCAUUGGAACUCUAAUCAGUGCAAUGCACGGUACACAUCCAUAUGUUCGAUGGAGUGCUUAUGAUGCAUUGGGAAAGAUGGGUGAAAAAGCAGCGACAAAGGAGGUCAUUGAUGCUCUAAUCAAUGCAGUACACAAAGAAGUUCAAGAUGUUCGAAGAAGUGCUUGUGAUGCAUUGGGAAAGAUGGGUGGAAAAACAGCGACACAUGAGGUCAUUCUUGCUCUGCUCAGUGCAAUGCGCGAUAGAGAUUGGACUGUCCGAAAGAGUGCGUUUAAAGCAUGGGACAGGAUAAUUGAAAAAGCAGCGGUCAAUGAGGUUAUUGGUGCUUUAAUGAAUGCAAUGCGCGAUAAAGACUCGAGUGUUCGACGAAGUGCGUAUCGUGUUUUGGCAGAAAUGGGCGAAAGAGCAGCGACAAAUCAGGUCAUAGGCGCUCUAAUCAAUGCAGUGCACGAAGAAGAUGAAGAUGGUCGAAUAAGUGCUUGUGAUGCAUUGGGAAAGAUGGGUGAAAAAGCAGCGACAAAUGAGGUCAUUGGCGCUCUAACCAAUGCAAUGCGCGAUAAAGAUGCAUUUGUUCAACAAAGUGCUUAUGAUGCAUUGGGAAAGAUGGGUGAAAGAGCAGCGACAAAUAUGGUCAUUGUUGCUCUGCUCAAUGCAUCUAAUGAGUAG